AUGCCGCUGAACAAAUCUGCCGUCCUUCUCGGCUCCUGCAAUGCCUUCCCCGCCGUCUCGAGUCUCCCACCUCUACGGUCUAUAACGUCAUCUAGAGGGGUACGAUCUAGCUAUGCGCCAGCAACAGCUUGCUCAAUAGACCGACAUAGGCGAUAUGCUACAGUAAAUAACGACCAAAGAGGCAGCUUCAGCAGUAAUAAUAUCCCCGAAUGGCCCAAACAAAACUAUCCUUCUCCCUACGAGAUCUUCUCUAUGAAGAGUGACGCCCCAUAUACCAAACAUCGAUUCUACCAGCUUGUCAAAGUCUACCAUCCCGACAGACACAGCCAUACUCCCGAUAUUGAUAAUAUUCCACAUGCAAUUCGCCUAGAACGCUAUCGUCUUAUCGUUGCUGCCAAUGACCUACUCAGCGAUCCGUCCAAACGUCAACUCUAUGAUGUCCACGGUGUAGGAUGGACCGGUGGUAAGCCUCAGACACUCAACGAAACGGUGCGUAAUGCCGAUCGUGCCUGGCGCCACAGGACCGGAUCUGCUGCGAAUAAUGCGACAUGGGAGGACUGGGAGCGUUGGUAUGAUGCUCGCGAAGGCAGGGUACCUGGCCCUAUGUAUAUGUCCAAUGGCGUUUUCGCGACGGUCAUUGUUUGCAUGUGCAUGAUAGGUGCCUUUGCUCAAAUGAGUAGAGCAGAGCAAUAUGGCGCUGAUCUCAUGGAAAUGAAGGCCCAGUCUAACCUUGCUAUCGGGCAGCAGGUUGCACGUCGAAACACGAUUGCUGCAGGCAGAUCGAAAGACGAGAGAGUGGAUAUGUUCUUGAAGGACAGAGAGAACUUGAAUUACGCCUUCCAGCCUGGGAAGUAUGACAGUGAAGUGCUGGCAAGCCAUGGUCAUGGUCACGGGCCUGGACAUAACGGAAGGCCGUAG